GUAGCUCUGAAACCUCUGGACCUUAACUUGUCUCUCUUCACAAUGCUCACCUAAGAUGUAGGGUUUAACUAUGUGUUUGUUCACAAAGAAGAAGAAGAAGACACGGUCAGACAAAACAAGCCUGAUAAAUCAGACCGCGCAGCAUUUUCAUUCCAGAGCCGCCCAAGACCUGCACGCUUCCAUGGCCUACGCCUGACCCAGACUCUGUGAAGGACACAACAUUUGCCAUUUUAACCCAGACCAACGCUGCCAACUUGCUGCUCUGCAACACCCAGGACAGCAGGUCCACCAGAACAACACACCAUGGAAAACCAAACCAUGGACUUAGCCGACUGGUCACUGACGACAGAAUUUGACUACAGUGAUUCAGCGCCAUGCAUGGGAACUGAGGAAAAGCACUUUGCAGCAAAACUUUUGCCACCGCUUUAUUCUUUGGUGGUGAUAUUUGGCUUCAUAGGCAACAUGCUCGUUGUCCUUAUCCUAGUAAAGUACAAGAGACUGAGGAGUAUGACUGACAUCUACCUGCUCAAUCUGGCAAUUUCUGAUUUGCUGUUUGUAUUUUCUCUCCCUUUUUGGGCUUAUUAUGCUGUUCACGACUGGAUUUUUGGGGAUGUGCUUUGUAGAAUUCUCUCAGGUGUCUACCUCCUUGGCUUCUACAGCGGCAUCUUCUUCAUAAUCCUAUUGACCCUAGACAGGUAUCUGGCCAUAGUGCAUGCGGUGUUUGCUUUAAAAGCUAGGACAGUUACCUAUGGCAUCCUCACCAGCGCUGUCACUUGGGCUGUUGCCAUUUUUGCUUCUGUUCCUGGGACAGUAUUUCACAAAACUCAAAAGGAAAGUUCACGUUAUACUUGCAGUGCUCAUUAUCCAAGCGAUUCCAGAAUAAACUGGAAGUACUCCUAUAUUUUAAAGAUGAACAUUCUGGGACUUAUUGUUCCAAUGCUUAUUAUGAUUUUCAGUUACUCACAAAUUUUAAAAACAUUAUUGAGAUGCAAGAAUGAGAAAAAACAGAAGGCAGUCAGACUUAUUUUCGUGAUCAUGGUUUUUUACUUCAUCUUCUGGACACCGUUCCAUGUUUCUUCUUUUUUGCAUACAUUUCAAGGUUCACUUUUCAACCCAAAUUGUGAAAUCAAAGGUCAACUGGAGAAAGCAAUUCAAGUGACAGAAACAAUAUCAAUGAUCCACUGUUGUAUCAAUCCUGUGAUCUAUGCAUUUGUUGGAGAAAAAUUUAGGAAAUAUCUUUAUGCCUUUUUCCGAAAGCAUGUUGCAGCCCACCUCUGCAAAAAAUGUCCAAAUCUUUAUCGUGAAAAAUUAGAAAGAGUUAGUUCCACAUUCACACCAUCCACUGCAGAGCAUGACAUCUCUACUGGACUGUAAAAAUACACCAAAACAUCAGGAAAUGUUGCAGCAUUCGCUUUGCCUUAAGGACUGCCUGACAUUAUUUGAGAUCUUUAUGUCAACCGCUACUGAAAACUGUAUGACCCUCAUUUCUCUUGGUUAACUGUUCCCUGGGGUUACAGCGUUUUCCAUUCUUAAACUAAGAGAAUCAGUGAGUUCUCCAGAAAACGUUAACACCAUAGCUGGAUCACAUCAAGAUUUGAAUGGGGCCCAGAAUAGUAUGAUUCUGUUUCUUGACUCAAAUUCUACCCAGUCAAAGAAUGCCAGUGAAGUUUACCUGGGGGGAAUACAAUAUUGAAGAGACUAAGGAGUAAUACGUCAUCUCACAAGAGCCAUUUACUGUUAUGUGAACAUUUUAAGAUGAACACUGGGAGGAAAUUUUGAGGACUGAGGUAUCUGUUUAGUAUCCAACAUUAAUGGAACACCUUCUGGAAGUGACUGUAUUCUUUCUGCAACGUGGUCAGGCAUUUGAUGGGUGGAGGCUUUCAGUUUUUUUCAUUUUACCCCUACCACUUAUUUUCCCUAUAUAAGUAAAAGAUGUUUCCAUAAAAAGUAAUUUGAGGAUGAAUACGAGAUAUAUUAAGAUAAUAUCUCUCCUCUGAUGGGAGAGCUGACGGACCUUUAUCUCAUUAGGGCCAUUGAACCCAAGGAUUUAUCUGUUAGCUAAUAAUGUAGUCAUUUUUAAACAUAAGCCUUUUGACUAUAGGCUAAGUUAUAGUAUUUUGAUGUUAGUUCUUUAAUAUCUGCCAUAUUCUUUAUACCUGCCAUAUCACUGUUCAGUUGCUAACAUUUUCCAAAGUGGGAUUUUAAUAGGUGAUUUCUGUGGGUGCAAUUUUGCAAAUAACUGCACAUAUCAAGUCUACUGACUGCACAACCAGACAACGCUGCACUCCCAAAAAAGAGGAGCUUGUUGCUGACAAAUCAUAUCCCUCCAAGGAAAACAGCACUUAGCCAAAAAAAAGCAGAUCGGCAAAGAUCUGCAAGGCCAGAAUGAAAAUCACCUUGGUAUUUGGUAUGCAAGAUUCUGUAUGAAAAAAAUAUCAGGACCCUCUGAAGGAUUUUGGAGACCAUAAGCACAGUGUGUAGAGGAAGAUCAUGUGUGUAGAGGAAGACUUUACAUGGCAGAUGAAGUAAGUGUGUCAAACUAGGCUCCUGCAUGAAAAAAACAUGCUCUUCACAUACACAGUAAAUCUGAUGUUUGGGAUACACUUCUAGGCAGACAGCAGCCUUGGAACUGCAAAAGUAGCCAGCUGCAGAGGAGACAUACCUACUCUGCCUUCCCAGGAGAGGAGUGCCCACAGCCAACUGGUACCUCAAUUAGAACUACACGCUAAUUGAAGACUUGAGUCCAUUAGUCUACUGGUGUCCUACAGCCAUACAUUUAUGCCAUUAUUAGGAGCUUCCCUGUAAAAGAAAGUGGUAUUCUAGGGACAUGAUGUUAGCAAAGAAGAAGAGGGAGGGGCAUAGUGGAGAACUUCUUGCUUCAAACUGUAAGGAAGUGCAGGUGAGCACUGCAAGUGAACUGUCCUCCUGGUUCUUUUUUCCUGUCUACUUCAAAAGGCACCGCUCAUGCAUGUAAGGCCUUGCUCGUGGAAAUAUGGAGGGGCAAGUUCAACUAGCCUCCAGGCAACGUAAGGACACAAGAGGGGAUUCCACACUACUUAGCAUUAGGCAUGAGAUUCAGAUGCCUAAAUUAACAGCAAAUCUCUUCGAGGUCCCUCAGUGGUCAGUAGAGAGAGAGAGAUGCCUGAGUCAGAAGCAGACAUAUGAUUUAAAUGGUCUCUGGGGAAAAUUAUCUGUCCAACUGUAGAAGGAACCUGGAAAUGCCAGCCUCUUAAUUUAGGCAUCAGAUGCCUUAAUCUAGGUGGUGCAAAUACUCUUCCCCCUCUAGCCUUAUAACAUCAAGGCCCUGCUUCUAUUAGUUGUUAGCUUUUAUCCUAUCAGCUAUUAUAAUCUGUUCAUUACCUUGUGAGUUAAUAGCCACAGAUAAGACUAAAGAAAAGACCAAAAACUAUCCUUACAGUAAACUUUCUUGCUUGGAAAUAAUAUUUUUCCUUCCUUUGGUUCUUUUUUACUACACUAAAGUGAAAGCAUCUUUUUAAUAUUAAAGCAUAAAUUAGUUCAGUGUGAUAAAAAUUCUGCUAUAACUGUGGUAUUUCUACUGAUGUGUUUUAUUUUAAAUUCUUGUCUUGUUGGAAUGAUGUUUCUUCCUGUUUUCAUGUUAAUGCAGUGAAAUUAA